AUGGUCCAAAUAACCCAAACGGCCCUCAGUCUAGCCGCCAUGCUAACGGUUAGCACUUUACCCGUAAACCUCGCAGACAACGUGCCGUCAUUCCACGUUCCCGUCUUCAACUAUGAUACCCUCUCCACUGGAAACACGCCUUAUGAAGUACUCAACGCACUCAAGAAAGACGGUAUCAUCAGCUUCUCCAACGUUCCGUCGUACGCCCAAGUACGUCGCACCUACCUUGAAAUGGCUGCUGCCUGUGCGGUAUCUGCUCAAGAGGCGAACGCCGAGUUCCUGUACCAGAAGACGCUCACGGAUGGCACAAAGCGCUACACCAUCAGCACAACAUCGGGUCGGGCUGCCAACUUUGCUGCCAUUACCACAGAUGCGACGUGCCCGGGCUACAAAGAAGUUUACGGCCAAUUCUCGUCGCUGUUUGAGAUGGUGGUGCUCAGCGUGGCCACGGCACUCGACGCCACCAACUUUACUACGAAGGACGGCUACGGCCAAAUCGUCUCCAGUCGUAAGCUCAUGACGGAUGCUGUCCGUCUCGAUCACUUUCACGCGUACGAACCGCCUUCUUCGCGUAAGCUCAUGAGUGAGCUCUCUGACAUCAACACUAACGCCGUGCCCGACAAGAACUUUACGCUCGAAAUGCAUGAGGACAACGGUAUGUUUAUCAUGUUCUCGACACCUGCCUUCUACAAGGUUAGUAACGGCGGUCUCAAGCACACGUUCGAGCCAGUAUCGUCCUCCGGCGAGGACGGCUUGGGAUCAGGCCUUCUCAUUCGAACGCGUGACGGUCAGCUCGUGCAACCUAUUCUGGAGCCCGACUACGUGACGCUCAUGGUCGGUACUGGCUUCAACAAGUGGGUGGACUCGUCGCAUGAUCUGCCACCCGUGUCGCACGCCAUGCGCAUACCCGAGAUGCAGAUGAUGCCGACACAGCGGCUGAUACGUGCAUGGUUUGGCAAGAUGACGUUGCUGCCGUCUUAUCAGCACAUGGUGGGGCAGAUGGAUUUUGAGACGCACAUGAACGCCUCUGCGCAUUACUUGCGACAAGGGCAUGAAUCAGAUCGUCCGCUCCUGGGCUGCGCUCCUGGUCGUCACCUGGCCGCAUCGAAACCACGACGGAGACGCGGAACAAUGCGCAACCAUGUCCUCGACCAACAGUCUUGCUCAGGCCAGAAAAGGGUCUGUAACCCAUCGCAGCCCCCAUUGGUCCCAGUCCCUCUGCCAGCUCCAGUAGCAGCCUCAGUGCCAGCUCCAGUAGCAGCCUCAGUGCCAGCUCCAGUGCUUCCUACAGUACCAGCCCCUGGGCCAGCACCAGUGCUUUCUCCAGUACCAGCCCCUGGGCCAGCUCUAGUCCCUGAGCCAGCUUUAGUGCCAGCUUCAGUGCCGGCCUCAGUUCUAGCUCCAGCUUUUAUCCCGUUGUCAUCUUUUACUCCCACUUGGUCUUCAAUAGAUCACUCAGUUCCUUCACCCGUAUCGUCGUUACCGUCUUUAGUGGAUGCGACCCAAUUGAAUGAGACAAAGCGUGAUGUACCUAUGGAGUCUCCAGCGGUCGUUUCAACACAUGUCAAACCUUCUCGUCAUGAAAUGUGUUAG